ACCAAUUCCGUCCACAAAAACAACAUUCCCAUAAUCUUGCUCGUUAAAAUCUUUAUAGCACAAAUACAAAUCACAAAAACCCCAGCUUGCUUCAAAAUCCUAAUCUCACAAACCUUGUCACCUUCCUCAUCUCCUCUACACUCCACUCCUUCAUUCCUUUCCAUAUCUUCUAAUUCUAUCACUCUCUCUCUCUCUCACAAAGCACAUAAUAAACCUCUCAAAAGUCCCACACCAAGUUUUUUAGCAGCUAAAGCCUUAAAGCUUACAUAUGUCCAAAAAAGGAGGAGCAACCUCGCUUCAAAAGGAUGCCCCAUGGAGGGCCUCUCCUUCUGUUAAACCCAUACCCAAAAUUCACCACUCUCCUUUGCUCCGUCUCCCCCAAACUCCUCAUUCAGACUAUGCUCUCUCUGUCAUGAAGCAUUCUAAUCCGAUAGGAAAUGGGUUAGCAAUGGAAGCUAUUGUGGAAGCCGCGGGACCAGAGUGUAUUGUUCCAGGCCAGAGUGCACCCAUCAAAUUGCUUGGUCUCAAGGUAUGGCCUAUAGAUGUUAACCUGAAAUUUUUGGAACCAGUUGGACGAGAACUCAAGUCGCUUGGGAAGUUCAUGGAUGAUGCUGUCAACCUCAUGAACAAAUCAUUUAUAGAUCGCUAGUGGCGUUUGGUUUUAAGAGGACGGUUGGCUGCACAUUUCUGCUCGCAAGUUUUUGUUACUAUUGUUGCAAUGAGCAUAAGGCUAGCCAGGCAGUAUGACUGUAAAUAAGAUCUCAAAUAAGCUGUAGAUCAGUUGCGGGAUAAUUUAUAUGGCAUGGUGACAUUUAAAGAGGUUCUGUUUCUCCAAUGUACUUUUGGCUAUAUAUUUAAUGGAUGCUUUUCCCAAUAGAUAAUCUUGAGUAAGUAUGUUUACUUGUUUUUUUCUCAAA